AUGAGAGAGUUCAGGUGGAACCACAUCAUCCUCAUCGUGAGCGACGACCACGAAGGACGAGCCGCUCAGAAGAGACUGGAGACGCUGCUGGAGGAGCGCGAGACCAAGGCGGAGAAGGUGCUGCUCUUCAGCCCGGACACGAACCUGACGGCUCUGCUGCUGGAGGCCAAAGACCUGGAGGCCCGAGUCAUCAUCCUCUCUGCCAGUGAGGAUGAAGCUGCCGCUGUGUAUAAAGCGGCCCGGCAGCUCAACAUGACCGGCUCUGGCUACGUCUGGUUGGUCGGAGAGAGAGAGAUGACCGGCAAAGCUCUGAGUGAAGCUCCAGAUGGCCUGCUGGGCCUCCAGCUGAUUAACGGUAAGAACGAGUCGGCUCACAUCACGGACGCCGUGGCCGUGGUGGCUCAGUCUCUGCAGGAGCUGUUUGAGAAGGAGAACAUCACGGAGCCUCCGCGGGGCUGCGUGGGGAACACCAACAUCUGGAGGACGGGGCCGCUCUUUAAACGAGUGCUGAUGUCAUCCAAGUACCCGGACGGUCUGACCGGACGGAUUGAGUUUAACGAUGACGGCGACCGCCGCUUUGCCACCUACAGCAUCCUGAACUACCAACAGAAGCCAGGUCGCCUGGUCCAGGUCGGAGUCUUCAACGGAUCUCAGGUUGUGAUGAACACUCAGAGGAAGAUCAUCUGGCCUGGAGGGGAGACCGAGAAACCAGUCGGAUACCAGAUGUCGACUAAACUGAAGAUCGUGACGAUCCAUCAGGAGCCGUUUGUUUAUGUGAAACCGACAAAGACUGACGGGACGUGUAGAGAAGAGUUCACCGUCAACGGGGUCCUGAUCAAGAAGGUGAUCUGUACUGGACCCAACGGGACCACACCAGGUACACACACACCAGGUCAGCCCAUCGUCCCUCAGUGUUGCUAUGGUUUCUGCGUCGACCUGCUCAUCAAGCUGGCGAUGAGCAUGAACUUCACCUACGAGGUUCACCUGGUGGCUGAUGGGAAGUUUGGCACACAGGAGCGCGUGAAUAACAGUAACAAGAAGGAGUGGAACGGCAUGAUGGGGGAGCUGUUGGGAGGUCUGGCCGACAUGAUCGUGGCUCCUCUCACCAUCAACAACGAGCGCGCUCAGUACAUCGAGUUCUCCAAACCCUUCAAGUACCAGGGCCUCACCAUCCUGGUGAAGAAGGAAAUCCCUCGCAGCACUCUGGACUCGUUUAUGCAGCCGUUCCAGAGCACACUGUGGCUGUUAGUCGGUCUGUCGGUCCACGUGGUGGCAGUGAUGCUUUACCUAUUAGACCGGUUCAGCCCGUUUGGAAGGUUUAAAGUAAACAGUGAAGAAGAAGAAGAAGAUGCCCUCACCCUGUCCUCUGCCAUGUGGUUCUCAUGGGGAGUACUGUUGAACUCUGGGAUAGGAGAAGGAGCUCCCAGGAGUUUCUCAGCGAGGAUUCUGGGUAUGGUGUGGGCAGGUUUCGCUAUGAUCAUAGUAGCGUCCUAUACUGCCAACCUGGCAGCCUUCCUAGUGUUGGACCGGCCUGAGGAGCGCAUCACUGGCAUCAACGACCCCAGGCUGCGUAACCCGUCGGAUAAGUUCAUCUACGCCACAGUGAAGCAGAGCUCGGUGGAUAUUUAUUUCAGACGGCAGGUGGAGCUGAGCACCAUGUACCGCCACAUGGAGAAGCACAACUACGAGAGCGCCGCUGAGGCCAUUCAGGCCGUCAGAGACAAUAAGCUUCAUGCCUUCAUCUGGGACAGCGCUGUGUUGGAGUUUGAGGCAUCUCAAAAGUGCGAUCUAGUGACGACAGGAGAGCUUUUCUUUCGCUCUGGAUUUGGGAUUGGAAUGAGGAAAGACAGUCCAUGGAAACAGAAUGUUUCUCUAGCUAUUCUCAGCUCUCAUGAGAAUGGCUUCAUGGAGGAUCUAGAUAAGACGUGGGUUCGAUACCAGGAGUGUGACUCCAGGAGCAACGCCCCCGCUACCCUCACCUUCGAGAACAUGGCAGGUGUGUUCAUGCUGGUUGCCGGGGGCAUCGUCGCCGGGAUCUUCCUCAUCUUCAUCGAGAUCGCGUACAAACGACACAAAGACGCUCGAAGGAAACAGAUGCAGCUGGCUUUCGCUGCUGUGAAUGUCUGGAGGAAGAACCUGCAGCCGUACCCGACUGACAUCACCGGCCAGCUCAACCUAUCAGAUCCCUCCGUCAGCACCGUCGUCUGAGAGAGAAAGCUACACUGCUGCUGAGCCACACACACAC